AUGGAGGAGCCAAGUUGUGGGUUUCAUUUUGUCGCCUUGUCUAAUGAACAUGGCAUUGUGACUGAACAUCCUGGAAAGGAGACUGAGCAUACUGGGAAUGAGACUGAAUAUUUUGAGAAUGACACUGAACAUCCUGCGUACAAGACAAUGGAGAAGGAAGACCAGGCAACAGAUACAGAGAGUCAUCAGGAGAAGGAGAGUUGCAGUGCAGUGUCCAUCCCUCCUGACUACCAAGACCCUCACUUACAUGUACAGGAUCCUUCUUUAGAACAGGAAGACAAGCAAAUAAAAAAACAUGCUAUGGAUGCCCCCUUCUUAUGUCAGCAGUGCGGAUACAGGACGGCUAAGAGCUCUCACCUAGCCGACCACAUGAAAACUCACACGGACGCAAAACCUUACAAGUGCGACCAGUGUGACUUCUGCACAGCGUGGAAACAGAACUUAAAACAGCACGUGGCUAAACACACUGGCGAGAAAACCCACGUGUGUAAGGAAUGCGGGUAUCAGACACUUAAGAAAUCACACUUCUCGGAACAUAUGAGGACGCACACGGGCGAAAAACCUUUCAAGUGUGCUCAGUGCGAGUUUUCAACAUCAUGGCACAAAAACUUCAAGCAGCACAUGGCGAAGCACACCGGUGUGAAACGCUACACGUGUAGUGAAUGCGACUACAAGACAGCCGACUCGUCCGGUCUACGUCGGCACCUCAGAACCCAUACAGGUGAGAAGCCACACAUCUGUAGAGAAUGUGGGUUCAUGUGCACAGAGCGGUCAAAACUGUUGAUACACAAGAGGACGCACACUGGAGAAAAACCUUACAAGUGUACCCAGUGCGACUAUUCCGGAGCGGUAAAACAGCAUCUAGACAUACACAUGCUCAAACAUACCGGUGAGAAGCCCUACAUGUGUGGGGAGUGUGGACACAGGACUAAUGAUAAGUCUAGCCUAGCCAGACACAUGAGAACGCAUACGGGUGAGAGACCAUACAAGUGCUACCAGUGUGACUAUGCCGCUGCGCAGAAAUGUGGUUUAGACAAGCACAUGAGGGCAAAACACAACAGAAAACAAUUUAUACCAAACGAAAAUGGGAGGGUGCUGUUCAUGUUCCCGUUCUGGGACUAG